AUGGACGUGACACCAUCGAUGACACUUGUAAGACCAUUAGUUAGGCCACCAAGACCAAGCAGGCCUCCAUCAUUCUGUGGAGCGGUUGUUGCGCUCACAGAGGCCGACGCUGAGUUCUGCGUCGAGGUUGUUCCUCCGCCGCUACAUACCACCGCCGAGGCCCUGCCUCUGAACGAUAUCGUUAAGAUGCAAACCAUCCAGGUUGCGAGCAUCCAUGUCUGAAAUCGUUGGUGAUACGUUACGGGUAAAGAAUGUAGGGAGUUGAUCUGUGUUCAAGACACGAAUAAAGAUUUUGAAUCAGUAUGGUCAGUAAUUCCGAGCCAGCCUCAGAUUUGUCGAGGAUGAACGGGUGGUCAGAAUUCGAAACGGACGGGGUGGAAGUAAAGGAGGGAAAGGAGGCUUAAAUAAAGGAGUGUGCAAAGCAACAAAGCCCAGUUGACUUCCCACUCCACCGAAUAAAGCACUGAAAAUCACAGGAAUUGUGAGGAAAAUAGUUCGUUUGUUGGCAUCGC